AUGGUUGUCAUUGAAAUGUCAGGUUCGGAGAAAAAAGUUGAACAGCAUCAAAUUCAUGAUGUUGAAAAUGGAAAUUUCGACGACUUGAAGGGAAAGCCUGUUGUUCUUGAGAAGGGAUUCAGUCUUUUCAGUGCUAUUUCAGCAGGGAUUGUUACAGGUAAUACUUGGACAGCUUUGGGUGGUGCUAUUGUCGCAUCGCUGUAUAAUGGUGGUCCUCCAGGUAUUAUUUACGAGUUCAUUGCUGUUUCGGUAUUUUAUUGGAUAAUUGCAGCAUCAAUUGCGGAACUGGCAUCUGCUAUUCCUGCGUCGGGUGGUGUAUACCAUUGGGCAAGCAUAAUUAGUGGGAAAAAAUGGGGUCGAGUGUGUGGUUGGUUUGCCGGAUGGCUGAAUUACCUUGCUUGGACAUUCGGUGUGUCAGCGAAUUGUAGUAUUAUUGGCUCCAUGGUCGUGUACUCUUACGGAAUGUUUCAUCCUGAACUUACUCUGGAGAGAUGGCAGGUAUUCAUCUGCUAUCUGAUUAUUUGCUGGCUAUGCUGUUUUGUCGUGAUGUUUGCGAACUGGUCUCUUCCCGGUAUAAAUAGAGUUGGGUCUUUUCUAAUGAUUGGUGGCUGGUUUGUUACCGUGGUCGUUUGUGCUGUUAUGCCUCUCAGAAAUGGAAAGGGCCAUGCAUCAAAUGAUUUCGUUUGGAGAACAUGGGAAAACGAAACAGGAUAUAGCAGUAAUGGAUUCACUUUCUUAGCGGGGAUGCUAAAUGGUGCUUUCGCCGUUGGUACACCUGACUGUAUUACCCAUUUGGCGGAAGAAAUUCCUGAUGCUGGAAAAAAUCUUCCAAAAGUUUUGUUUUGGCAGGUAUUUGUUGGUUUCUUCACAGCAUUCUUUUACAUGAUUGCUAUGUUUUACGCUAUCAAUGAUUUACCGGCUAUAUUCGCUGCAGAUUCUUUUUGCCCAUUGGGCGACAUUUACCUGCAAGCUACAGGAUCAAGAGGCGGUGCUCUUGGUCUUUUGAUAAUUAUUAUAUUACCAAUCAUAUGUGCAACUAUUGGCUGUUAUAUAACUGCUGGUAGAACUUUAUACGCGUUAUCGCGUGAUAAAGCUGCUCCUUUCCCAGAUCACAUUGGUUCCAUCAGCCCUCGUUUCAAGAGUCCUUUGUGGUCGACGUUUGUAUGUGGUGCUAUCGCUACCUGUAUGGGUGCGAUCUACGUUGGAUCGGUCGUUGCUUUCAAUGCUUUUGUUGGCUCUUUUGUGCUUUUAACCACAACAUCGUUCCUGCUUUCAAUUGGCCCACAUGUAUUGACCAAACGUAAGAGUAUCAAAAGGGGUAGCUUUUGGCUUGGAAAAUUCGGUUACACAUUUAAUAUAAUUUCCUGUCUCUACAUCAUUGUUUUCUUUGUCAUCUAUUGUUUCCCAUAUACUCUACCCACCAGUGCACAAGAGAUGAAUUACACAAGUGUGAUGACCUGCGGACUUGCGGUUCUUGUAGCUAUUUGGUGGUUUAUUCACGGAAGAUCGAAAUACCGCGGCCCUCAAAUUAUAGAGAGUAUAAGUGACACAGGCGAAUCAUCAAUGGCUUUGGAGACCGCAGAAAUUGGCAGCAUUACUUUAUCUCGUUAA